UCGAGGCACGCCAGACCGAAGGCAUCCCCAAGAAAAAUUGUUCGCUCCCACGGACCUGAGCCGCCGCCGCCUCGCCUCGCCGCCGUAGAACACGCAGCGCGCGCGGGGGCAGCCAUGGCGCCGGAGCCGGAGGACGACAUCAUGAACGAGAAGAACCCGCGCCCGCUAGACGAGGACGACAUCGCGCUCCUCAAGACCUACGGGCUUGGGCCAUACUCGACCAGCAUUAAAAAGGUCGAGAAGGAGAUCAAGGAAAUGGCCAAGAAGAUCAAUGACCUUUGUGGGAUAAAGGAGUCCGAUACAGGGCUGGCUCCACCUAGUCAGUGGGAUUUGGUGUCGGAUAAACAGAUGAUGCAAGAAGAACAACCAUUACAGGUAGCAAGGUGUACAAAGAUUAUAAGCCCUAACACGGAUGAUGCCAAAUAUGUGAUCAAUGUAAAACAAAUUGCAAAGUUUGUGGUCGGAUUGGGGGAUAAGGUUUCUCCAACUGAUAUUGAGGAAGGGAUGAGGGUUGGUGUUGAUCGUAACAAGUACCAGAUUCAAAUUCCUUUGCCACCGAAAAUUGACCCGAGUGUUACCAUGAUGACUGUUGAGGAAAAACCGGAUGUGACAUACAACGAUGUCGGUGGAUGCAAGGAGCAAAUCGAAAAGAUGCGUGAAGUUGUUGAACUUCCUAUGCUUCACCCAGAAAAGUUUGUCAAGCUCGGUAUUGACCCUCCAAAAGGUGUCCUUUGCUAUGGUCCACCUGGUACUGGUAAGACGCUUCUUGCAAGAGCUGUAGCAAAUCGAACAGACGCUUGUUUCAUCCGUGUGAUUGGAAGUGAAUUAGUUCAAAAGUAUGUUGGGGAAGGUGCUCGGAUGGUUAGGGAACUGUUUCAGAUGGCCCGCUCAAAGAAAGCAUGCAUUGUCUUCUUUGACGAAGUUGAUGCUAUUGGUGGUGCUCGUUUUGAUGACGGGGUUGGUGGCGAUAAUGAGGUGCAGCGUACAAUGUUGGAAAUAGUAAACCAACUUGAUGGGUUUGAUGCGAGAGGGAACAUCAAAGUUCUUAUGGCCACCAAUAGGCCUGAUACCUUAGAUCCUGCACUUCUGCGUCCUGGUCGUCUGGACAGGAAAGUAGAAUUUGGCUUACCUGACCUGGAGGGUCGCACACAAAUCUUCAAGAUACAUACACGCACUAUGAAUUGUGAGCGGGAUAUCAGAUUUGAACUUCUGGCCCGCCUCUGCCCCAACUCCACUGGGGCUGAUAUCAGGAGUGUUUGCACGGAGGCGGGCAUGUAUGCAAUUCGUGCCCGCAGGAAGACCGUUACCGAGAAGGACUUCCUUGAUGCCGUUAAUAAAGUCAUCAAGGGCUAUCAAAAGUUCAGUGCUACACCAAAAUACAUGGUGUAUAACUAAUAGUGUGUCAUAGCUCAUGAAAUCUGUUGUGUUUAGAAUUCUGGAUCUUUGUAAUGGUUGUAUACUUGUAUCAGCAUGGGAUUCUCCGCAAAGAAUGUUGUUUUUUUAGAAAUCUGGAUCUUUGAGGUGACUACAGGAUCCUGUACCCUAAGUUUUAAGACAGCCAGGGUUCCUCACUCA